UGGGCGUCUGGUUUCAACAAAUUUGCUCACCCGAGUACACUUGCGAGUUACAAGGAAGAAUCAGUCAGAAUUCAUUAGUUGUGCAGUUAAGUGACAAAAAAAUUUAAAAAUGACUCUCGGAGGAAGGGUCUUCGUUCUGGCGUUCUUCGUUCAUCUAUCGCGGUUAUCAUCAUUCGCGAACGCGACUACAGUAUCGGGAAAUUGCCCGUCAUUCAGUAGUUCCAUGACUCAAACGGAACUUUUGCAAGAAUUGGCGAACGAAUGUCGUUACGAUAAAAUGGUCAGGCCACCGGGAGUAAUUAACGCUACAGACCCAAUCAGGAUUUACACAAAAGCCUUUGUCUACACAAUAAAAUCCAACAUGGCCAAAACCCUGCAAUUUGAUGUGCAUCUGAUGCUGCAAUUCCGAUAUCUUGAUAAGCGAUUGAAAUUUUCGGACAUAGCUCCUUACAUGACUCAAAUUUACGGCGGUCAAAACGCUCACGCUUUGAUCUGGACGCCUACCGUAUACGUCGCGAAUGAACGUACCUCGGCAGUGAUGGGAAGCGGUGUCAAGGACCUGCUCAUCUCCAUCAACCCUUAUGGCAUGGUUAUUUUGAAUACGAGACUAGAAGCGACACUCAAUUGUGGCCUCCAUCUGGAAAAAUUCCCGUUUGACGUGCAAGAAUGUCCGCUGGUCUUCGAAAGCUGGACUCAUAAUGUGAACGAAAUGGUAUUGGACUGGGACAAGGAUCCGAUUGUCAUCGCGAACAAUUUGUAUCUGACAGAGUAUAAGCUCGUCGACACGUGGGUCAAUCGCUCAGGGGUAUCCUAUAGCUCGUGGCAAUAUCAUUACGGCCAUUUUGCUGGAAAUUUCAGCGCAAUAAGUAUCACAUUUAAAUUAGCACGUGAAAUGGGAUUCUUCAUGAUGGAUUAUUAUGUGCCGUCUAUACUAAUCGUGGUGAUUUCUUGGGUAUCAUUCUGGUUGCAUCAAGACGCGAGUGCCCCGCGAAUAGUUCUGGGAACGAACACUAUCUUGACAUUUAUGACGCUCGCCUCGAAAGUGGGAAAUUCGUUGCCGAAGGUCUCUUACAUAAAGGCAAGUGAGAUUUGGUUUUUGGGCUGCACGAUAUUUCUGUUUGCGGCGAUGGUCGAGUUUGCCUUCGUUAAUACCAUAUACCGAAGAAAAAAAAAUGUACCGUUGAAAAAGGUCAACAGCAAAUAUAUUCUUAAGUCUACUUUGACACCACGAUUGGCACGAAAGCAAUUUCAGAAGAAUACAACCGGAUUGGAACGAUCGCGAUCGUGGUCGUCAUUAGAAAACGCAACAGAAAAUACGAACAGCGAUCAAGACUUUACGAGUCAAAAUUAUCUCACCGUACACAGUUUUCCGAGCACACUCAACAUCCCGUCGGUGAGAAUAGAGGAAGAUAAAGAUCCAGAUCCUUGUUCUGUCGGCAGUAUCACGACCAUCGACAGCGGUACCCCACCGCCUAAGCCAUUUCCACGCAGGCCGACUCUUGCCAAGCUGCAUAAUUUCACAACUAUGACACCGCAAGAGAUCGCUCAGUGGAUCGACAAACGUAGCAGAAUAGUAUUUCCUAUAUCAUUCAUCAUAUUCAACAUUCUCUAUUGGUCUUUUAUAUGGAUCUGAGAUCUUGCAAUGAUUUAUUCACUUCGGUUUUAUAAUAAAAUUUACAAUAAAACUUGGAAUGACGAAAACAGAAACAAGACGGUAGAAGUCGACGGAAUAUUUUAAUUAAAAAGGUAACUGCAAUUUUUAAAAAAUUAUUUAUAUACUAUAGUUUUUUUUGCUAAAAAUAAAAUUGUUUGGAAUUAUAUUUAAAUUUACGGAAGUGAAACUUUGGGUUUUUUAAAUUUUUUACACUUGAUAUACAUACACAUAGACAUAGUAUACUUGUAUAUUUAUAAUAGAUUUUUGAUAAGUGCGAUUGAAUUGAAUUUAGAAGAAAAAAUACUAUUAAACAUUUUGCAUAAAAUUGUGAUUACAAUAUUAUUUAAUAACAUCAUUCAUAAUUAUCGUAUAAAAUAGUAUUAGAGGAGUAGAGUGCAUGUAAUACCUAUUUAUACAUAACAUCUAUAUAAAUGUACGCUAUUUUUUAUCGAUAUUGUAAUUUAUACAGCAUCCUUUACAAGAGCGAUCAAGUUUGAUCACCAUACAAAUGCAUUUUGCAUGUUAGAGAAACUUAACGCUUGUUUUAUAUCUUAUUGUAUAAUCACGUUUUUAUUAGAAACAAUGAAUCAUCAAAAUCUUAAA